AUGUUCACCAAGGCUCACACAGUCGCCAUGGCCGCCGCUGCUUUCUCCAACAUCGUGGCGGCCUCGCCCAUCACUUUGAACGCCACAAUGAUGAUGGAUGGACUUCUGAUGAAGAGAGACCUGUCGGAGGUGAUUUGCGGCUUCUAUCCUUCGGCCGACGGUUGGGAGACGGAGAACAAGAACGAGCCGAAUUUGAGGGGCAAAGGCGAUCAGAACGUUCAUGUUGCGGCAGGCUCUUGUAGCCGGGUUGGCUGUUACAAUACCAGUGGCGUCUAUGUGUGCAACGACCAAGACUCCGACUUGGACGUGCCCAUGAAUGAAGUGGUAGAUUUAUUAGACUACCUAGGGCAAAUUUGUCUCCACAAGAAAACCGACGAUGGUGGCCAAGAUGGUAACGGAUCCGGCCGCGUCACGACGACGGAUCGUGGAGGAUAUAAUGUCAAUAUCGGCUACUGCAAUGGCAAUGACUCACCCAGCAUCCCGCCAAGUGGCUACGGAUGGCCCGGUCCCAAUGGGACUCCUUUCAUUCAGUGCGGCAAGGAAGGCCAGCCACCAUGCGAAGGGACCGGCUGCCUUGAAGGCACCAUUGUCGUCGAAUCUCAGGAAGCAGUCGGAUGCGCAGACUACCUGGGUGCGGGGUAUAUCGAAGCAGGUGCGACGUACAUCUACAGCACGGCAAGUCACUCAUCCUAUCCCACGAGAUGCUCAUGCUGA